CGCCGCCCUGCGCGGGAUGUAGCGGCCGGUGAGCGCGGCGGGGCUGGGGCGGCCGGGGGGGGUUAAGGGGAGCCGGAGGGGCCUGGCAGGGCCUGGCGCGGGGCGCCGCCGUCGGUUCGUGGCGCCCGGUUCACAGUGCACAGCAGCAGAAGGACGCGAAGCAACCGGCACCGGCUGCCCUCGGCCACCAGGAUCGACCCCGCCGCCAUGGCGUCCCGCAAGGCCUCCGCCGCCGGGCAGAGCAGCGGGCUGACCGCCACCGGCCGGGACCGAGCCCACCUGGAGCUGGCUGAGCUGGGGCCGCUGCUGGAGGAGAAGGGCGAGCCAGGGGCCACCGGGCUGGCCAGCGCUGAAGAUCCGCCAUGCCCAGUGGCCCGUGAGGAAGAGGAGGAGGUGGUCCGUGUGCUGACUCUACCCCUGCAAGCUCAUCACGCCAUGGAGAAGAUGGAGGAGUUUGUGUAUAAGGUGUGGGAGGGGCGCUGGCGUGUGAUCCCCUACGACGUGCUGCCUGACUGGCUGAAGGACAACGAUUACCUCCUGCACGGACACCGGCCUCCCAUGCCAUCCUUCAGAGCCUGCUUCAAGAGCAUCUUCCGAAUACACACCGAGACUGGCAACAUCUGGACACACUUGCUAGGUUUUGUUUUGUUCCUCUGCCUGGGGAUCCUGACCAUGCUGCGGCCCAACAUGUACUUCAUGGCUCCUCUCCAGGAGAAGGUGGUGUUCGGCAUGUUCUUCCUGGGAGCGGUGCUGUGCCUCAGCUUCUCCUGGCUUUUCCACACUGUCUACUGUCACUCAGAGAAGGUCUCACGGACUUUUUCGAAGUUGGAUUAUUCAGGAAUUGCACUGCUGAUCAUGGGGAGCUUCGUCCCGUGGCUCUACUACUCGUUCUACUGCUCCCCGCAGCCAAGACUCAUCUACCUCUCCAUCGUCUGUGUCCUGGGUAUCUCUGCCAUCAUUGUUGCCCAGUGGGACCGGUUUGCCACCCCCAAGCACAGGCAGACAAGAGCAGGUGUCUUCCUGGGGCUGGGGCUGAGCGGCGUGGUGCCCACCAUGCACUUUACCAUCGCCGAGGGGUUUGUGAAAGCCACCACCGUUGGCCAGAUGGGCUGGUUCUUCCUUAUGGCUGUGAUGUACAUCACAGGAGCGGGGUUAUAUGCCGCCCGCAUUCCUGAGCGCUUCUUCCCGGGCAAGUUCGAUAUCUGGUUCCAGUCGCAUCAAAUCUUCCAUGUGCUUGUGGUGGCUGCAGCCUUUGUCCACUUCUACGGGGUGUCCAACCUGCAGGAGUUCCGCUACGGCCUGGAAGGGGGGUGCACAGAUGACUCUCUCCUCUGAGAGCGCCAGAUUUUAGUACAAGCUUCCCAAGUGCUUUUUAAACUCUUGUCUUUGCUAAAAUCAGAGGAAGGCUCAAAACUGUUUGGAGUUGUUUGUUUUGUGGGUUUUUUUUUAAGAAAAAAACAAAAACAAAAAUGAAACAGAAAAAUCUGUUAGCGAAGUCAUUGACCAAAUCCUCGCCCCCUCCCCAUGCACUUUGUGGGGCCGAGGGGAGGCCGCACAGGCCCUGGCAGCCUCGCCUCCUUCAGACAGCACCUGCGCUGCACCAGGGUGCCUGGGCCUUCCCAGGCAGGGCCAAGUCCUGAAAGCGAUGGGUGCGGGUGCCCUGCUCCUGGCACAGCCGAGCACCCCUUUUCCAAGCUUGCUGCUGGAGCGAGCGGAACUGCGCGCUCCUAGGGCCAGAGAUUCCUGCAGAGCUGGGGGCAGCUCUGCAGCACCCAGUGCUGCCGCCCAGGGCACAGGCGUAGAUUCAUGUAACUUAAGUUUUAAUUGUCUCUGUUUGUUUGUUUCCUUGACAAAGUAAUGUAAACAGAAAUGAGAGAAUAUUUAAUAUUUAAUACUAAGCUUUAAAGAGACCCGCUGCCUGCGCAGCGCCCUCGGCGCCUUGGCUGUCUGUGACAGAGGGGCAGAGCGGUCGGGGAAUGUAGAGCUGCUGUAGCCGAUUGAAAUAAAAGGUCGAUAGUUCAGUGUCAUGGGGUGGUGUCCGUCUCGUUUUUGGGUUGUGGGUGGCUUCAGGGGAGCAGGCUCCCUGUGUGUCCCCUCAAGGGCCAUCAGCGCUGAGCAGCAGCAGGAAUCCCCCUGCCACAGCAGUGAGGCUGGACAGCCCCAACAGUGAAAUGACCUGUGGGAAACACCGGUAUUGCGGUGGGGCAGGAAACCCUUCCUUGGGUGCACAGAGGGAUCUGCUGCCUUCCCUCUUGGCUCGGCAAAGGGCUCGCAGCCAGUCUGGGACGAUGAGUGAAGGGCUGAGGAGGGCAGGAGGCUUCUGUUGGAGUGUGCGAGUGACCAUCCAGAGCAGAUCAAGGGCAAUUAGAGGGAAGAGUGGAGCAGAACAAAGCAGCCUGGGCAGCCGGAGAAUGGUACCUUGCAGGAGGGCGAGGGAGGAGUGUCUGGCAGCACCACUGCAUCCCUGGCCACAGCUGGUCACCAGUGGCAUGUGUCCCUGUGGCUGUGUGGCCUUCUUGAGGUGUCUGGAUGUGGCCUGGCUUUGGGGACCACAGAGGCAGCAGCCCCCGGGGUGAGGAGCAGAGGGUUCCUGGUCUGCAGAUCCACCUGCUCCCAGUCAGCCCGUCCCACCCUGGCCAGAGAGGUAUGAGUGCUACAGGCUGCAGCUUAAACAUAGCCAGGAAAGGAUUCAGCUGAGUUCUUGCCCCUUCCAGCUCACCCCCAAGGGCAGCUCGCUGGUUUGAGGUUUGGGCUGGAGAACAAAUUCUGUGCUCUGCUCAUAGUGCAGCCUGGAACAAUGACCAAGGGCUCGAAUCCUGUGAAGAGCACAGGAAAAUGUGGUGACAAGCAUGCAGUUUUGGAUUGGGAGGGGAGGCUCUGCAGUGUAAUUCCCUUUCCAGAGCUCGCUCACUCCCCUGCACUGGGACCUCAGCUGACAAUAGGAGUGCGCGCUGGCUGGGUGACACACAAGAACUUGUCCCAACAGUUCCCCCAGGGAUGCAGCAAAGCCAGACAGGCUUUCACACAGGUCUUGGCAUAGAGUCAUUAAACCGCUUGGUUGGACAAGACCCUGGAAAUCUCAUCCAGGUCAUAGCAGCGCUGGGGCACAGCCCCACAGAGCUCCGGGCACCCUGGGGGCCCGUGUUUUGCCCUAAGGGGUGUGGGUAGUGCCAGGGCCUGAGGGUAUCAGAGCCAGCUGGGGACGGAGCAACCGGGCUGGUGGCACAGGGUGGGGAUUUGGUUCUCCCCCAGCGGCGAGAGCAGCUCCCGGGAUGCUGGGUAUGGCCUCGGGAGAACAGCUGAGAACCACGUUAAUUCUCCUUAGACAAAACUGCUCUCAAUAUUAAGUACUCUUCUUGAAAAUCCCAUUUUACCAACAAGACCCUUCCAUCUCUCAGUGUUUCAGCACAAUGCAAAGAUCUUCAUAGCUGAAAAGGAAGCUCUCCCUCUUGGCCACAGAGCCACCUCCUGGCAUCAUUUGCUGGCAGCAUGAAAACCAGCUGGAUGAGCUGAGAGCGCGUAUGUACUUCUCUGACAGGGAGGGCUCUUGAUCAAGGAGUGCAGGGAUAGGAUGAGGUGGGAUGGUUUUAACUGAAAGAGGACAGAUGGGGAUGAGAUCUUAGGGAGAAAUGUUCUCCUGCAAGGGUGGGGAGGCCCUGGCCCAGGUUGCCCAGAGCCUUCUGACCCGAACCAUUCCACGAGUUUGAUUUCUCCACCAGUGAGGGCUGAGCUGCAGUUUGUUGCUCGGUCUGGAUUCACUGGAGGGUGGGGACUUUAUAAAUUGAAUGGAAUUUUAAGAAAAUACUUAGGGCUUUUCUCUUGUUUCUCUUUUUCACCAUAGCUGGGUUAUGGCUGGGCCAGUCUAUAUUUUACCAAUCUGCUUAACCCUUUCC